CUCUGAGAUCAAUCUUGUUGAAAUCAGGCCGGAGUAAAAAAAAUAAAAAAAAUUCACAGUCUGUCUAUGAACUCCUGAGAAAAAUGGUUAGUUCAUCUGAAGCUUGGAAAAGGACAACAGCCAAUGCAGUAUGUUCAAGCCACCCCCCCUGCUGGGCGGCCCAUGAGCCCGUCGAUAUGGUGGUUUGAUGUUGGAUGCGAAAUAAGAACACCCCCCCACAACAAACAGAGGGCUGGAACAGAGAAAGAGGGGAAGAACCAUCGACAGAUGGACUCUGUUGUGAUAAAAGAUGGCGGCAGUCUUCACCGCAGACGACGAAGGACUGUAUUCCGUCCAUAAAAAAGCAGUGGGAGUUGUCUGCGGUUCAGCUCAACAGAACCACGAAGCCCACGGAAAGGAACAAGCUGACAACAAAGACAAGUUCUUAUGGCAGGGCUUGGUUCCAAACGGACCUUUCCAUUUCAUCCCGGUGAGAGUGGCUUCAGCCCUGCAGCACCGAGUGUCAAAGAGCAGUGCAAUGGGAUCCUCAGUCACAGGACAAAAGGCUGGAAGAUGUAAGAGGAAGACUAUCAAACUCAAGGAGUGUUUUCGCAGUGGCACAGCCAGAACGCUGGAUCGAACCAUUGUGCAGGGCGGGCUCUACGGGGACGGCGCUCAUGGAUGCAGAGACUAUGAACAUAAGCGAGAAAAGGAGCCACAUAGCAGACCUCGGCGGGAGCUUCACCGAGGAUGCUCCUAGACCCCCAGUCCCUGGGGAAGAAGGGGAGCUUUUGUCCAGUGAAGGUCGCCUAAACAUCAACCUUGGCUUGUCCUCGAAAAAUGAGAGCCUUAAAUGUGAAGCGCCUACAGCUACGCCAAGGAGACCGGACUUGGAUCUGGGUUAUGAGCCAGAGGGCAGCGCCUCCCCAACACCACCCUACUUGAAAUGGGCCGAGUCUCUUCAUUCUCUGCUGGAUGACCAGGAUGGCAUCCAUCUGUUUCGGAAGUUCCUCAAACAGGAAGACUGUGCAGAUAUGUUGGAUUUCUGGUUUGCGUGCAGCGGCUUCCGGAAGCUUGAGGCCAAUGAGGGCAACGAGGAAAAGAAGGUAAAACUGGCAAAAGCGAUUUAUAAGAAGUUCAUCUUGGACAACAAUGGGAUUGUUUCCAGACAGAUCAAACCAGCGACAAAGUGCUUCAUCAAAGACAGUUUGAUGAGACUGCACAUAGAUCCUGCCAUGUUUGACCAAGCUCAGGCUGAAAUCCAGACCAUGAUGGAGGAAAACACGUACCCGCUCUUCCUUAAAUCUGAUACGUAUUUGGAAUACGCACGAACAGGAGGGGAAAGCCCUAAGAUGCUCCACGACCACGGCUCUGAUUCUGGAAAAGGAGAGGGCUUGUCGAGCUACUUACCGACUCUAAAUGAGAUUGACGAGUGGAGAUGUGACCAAGGGCCGGCAGAGCAGCCCGACUACGACUCCCAAUCGAGCGUCCAGCUCACUCAGAAGCUGCUGAUAGAGACGGUGUCGCAGCGAGUCGCCAGCAGCUCCAGAUGCCAGGACAGCUACGAGUUCAGGCAUGCUGCAUGUUGGGAGCCUGUCAACCCAUACUAUAUCAACUCUGGUCAUGUCAUGGCCCCCGCCACCAGUGCCAAUGACAGCGAGCAACAGAGCAUGUCCAGUGAUGCUGACUCGCUCUCCCUCUUGGACAUCAGCUUAGAUGGGAUUCCACCCCACCAAUACCGUAAACAGCAUCGCCGGGAGAUGCAGGAAAGUGCCAAAGCGAACGGGCGGGUGCCGCUACCUCAUUUUCCUCGCACAAACCGGAUUCCAAAGGAUAUACAUGUGGAGCCGGAAAGGUUUGCUGCAGAGCUCAUCGGGAGGCUGGAGAGCGUCCUGAGGGAGAGGGAAGCUCAGGAAAAACUGGAGGAGCGGCUGAGGAGAGUGCGCCUGGAGGAAGAAGGCGAUGAAGCCAACACGUCCUCAUCCAGUCACAGGUUCCCCCCUGCUGCUCAUUUGCAGAACUACAACCCCGUCUACGCUGACGGCGGUCCCCUCUUAAGAGACGCUCAUGAGGAGAACCCUGAGAGCAUCUUGGACGAUCACGUUCAGCGGGUCAUGAAGACGCCAGGCUGCCAGUCCCCAAAGACUGGUCGCCACUCUCCGAAGUCCCGCUCUCCGGAUCUCUUCCCGGGGGUGAAAGGUUCCGGACAUUCGGGCCAGGGCAAACACUCAUCCAGGUCUAAUUUUGGAGGAGAAACGAACCACUUCUACUCCCACCAUCAAAAUCCGCACCACAUCCACCAUUCUGGAACUGGGAAGGGCAAGGUGGAGGCAGAGGUCCCCAUGGGUGUCUUUCCGUGGAGCAUGGAGACGAGCCAUUACGGGUCCAAGUGUCGCAGCUAUGCAGACGGAAUGAGAUCCAACCCCACGGAGCAAACAGGAAGUAGAGCUGGUUCACAGCUUAGAAGACUGUUCAAAAAAGAGGAAGAUGUGCGACCUGGCGGCAUACUUGGCCCUGCAGAGGAAACGGAGAAAAACCAGAAGAUUCUUGUGUGGCUGACGGAGGGACAGAAAGAAAUGGUUCAACAUAAAAGAAGUCCAUACGGGAGUGUUAGUGGGUCCAGGCGAACUACCAGCCACGACAAAUCCCAGCUUGGUUGUGUGGACAGAUCUGGGUCGAUGCACCCGUGCCUCAGCUCACAGCCUCGCAACAACGUGCAGCCCUCCCACCCUUUCAUCCAGGAUCCCACCAUGCCCCCCAACCCAGCUCCCAGCCCCCUCAUCCAGCUGGAGGAGGUUUGCCGGCGGCUCGAGGAGGAGAAGAUUAAGACGGGGCCUUUACAGCCCAAGCAGAGGUAUGUGAUGCAGGUGAUCCAGAGGGGGCGCACCGCUGUACGGCCGGGAAUGUUUCCACCUCUCAACGUGGUUCCUGCCGUUUCAGACAACGAGCUCUUCAAUUCUGAGCAGCUGCUAAACACACAGAGGAGAUCAUCAGCAGAAAGACAGAAAGCCAGUAAGAAGCCUCCGUGUGAAAACAUCACCGUGGCGUAUUACUUCUGCGAGGAGCUGAUACCGUACAGGACGUCGGUCAAAGGGCGGGUGGUCACUCUGGGCCAGUUCAAAGAACUUCUGACAAAGAAAGGAAAUUACAGAUAUUAUUUCAAGAAGGUGAGCGACGAGUUCGACUGCGGGGUGGUGUUUGAAGAGAUUCGAGAGGACGACGAUGUCCUGCCCAUUUUUGAGGAGAAGAUCAUUGGGAAAGUGGAAAAGGUGGAUUGAAGUGUAAGUUAAUAAAGGAGUGAGGAGCGACGAGACGAGGAGCAGAAAGUGUCACGAAAUGGAAGAAAGAAGCCGAGAUAAACUGUUGGCUCUCUCUCCUGUGUAAUGUAGCACUGUAAAGUUUACUAGAUGAAGAACAAAAAUUGCUACUAAAUCAACACAUAUUUUUGAUAAAAAUAUAUCUGAGGGUUUUGAAGUUGCUGAACUUUGUCAGUUUAAUUGCAUUGUAAAGCCAGAUGUGUACAGUUUGUGUAAUAGAAUAACAGAAAUUUUUCUAUCUAUUUAAGUAUUUAAAUAUCCAAACUCCUGAUUUUAUUGACCUCCGAUCAGUUUGUUGUUGAUCGAGAUCAUUUUAUAAAGUGUCAAAGCACUAACGGACUGCAGCUUUUAUUUUAUUUUUUUUAUUUGUAUUUUUUAAGUACUGAAACACAAUUUUGAGGCAUUCAGUUCAGCUGAUUUUUCAGUAUAAUUUACCACUGACCACAAAUCCUCUUUAUAUUGAUGCAGCCCAGAGUAUUUAAAUACUAAAAAAAAAACAUUUUUAAUUUAUUUCUAUUUUAUUGAAACACUAAAUGAAAGAAGCAGCAGAAAUAUGUCAUUUCAUUCACAUUGAUACCAAUAAUUAAAGACCCACUCCGAUGAAAAUAAUGAUAUUGCGCCAUUUUUCUGAUGAUAUGUUAAGAAAUUUAAGCUUAAAAUUACAUUAAGUGAGUAUGUAUUUAUCAAAAUUAGUUUAAAUUAGUGUAUAUAUGUUGUAGAAAAUACCACAAGCUCUGAGCUCUCAGUAAUAGGGAGGGGAAGAGGGGCGGGGUUGCUUCAUGACGCUCACAGCGCAGAGGCGAAUUUAGCGAACUGCUGCUGCUUCAGAAUCUAUGUCCAAGGAUUUUUCUAUUUUAGCUAAAACUGGUAUAAUAAUAAUAAAAGAUGACUAGAAAAGGUUACUUAAAAAAAUUCAAAGAUGAUCGGAGUGGGUCUUUACAAGCAUUCCUAACAUUUUCUUGUUUUUUUUAAUUUUGUGUUUAUACGUUUCCUUAUGUGCUGCAUCAUUUUUACUCAUCCUUGCUAAAAUUAAAAACAUUUUAUUUUGAAAAAUUAAAUGAAAGAUGACUUCCUGUCAGUUUUACCCCUAUACCCUCUGAAAGAGGAUCCACUUUAACCUUUAAAUCCUUUAAAAAGGCAUUAAUGCAUAACACAUUUAAAAUGUUUAAUCAUACAUGAUGUCUCUGCAAAACUUAAAUCUUAAAGAUGGAUUAGCCCGUUGUUUGACUCUUAAACGAGUAAAAAAUUUUGGAGUAGAAUUGUUACUUAAUAGUAUCCAAUAAGAAAACAUUAAAUUCACAAAGUCCAUCUAUGCAUACAUUUAUGCUAAUUUGAACUUUCAAUUAUUUGUUCUUGAACAACUGUUGUUUAAAUGUGAAAAUACAUGUUUAAAUAAACGACAAUUUGUAAUAAAACAAUUUUUUUUUAGACUAGCCUAAAAAAAUAUAUUGUUGUUUUAUGAAAGAAGGAUACUUUUGCACAAAAAA